AUGGUGAAAUCAUACUUUAAAUUCGAGCACUCGAAUACGUUCGGGCUCGUCGCCUCGGCGUCCUCCAAUGCGAUCUGGGCCAAAGAUGAACAGACCGGUGUCGCACGCCAGACGGGCGCCGGACGAGCCAUUGUGGGUGCCAGUGAGGAAGUUUUGUGCUGGGAUAUCAAGAAGGGAGAACUUCUAGGAAGAUGGCGCGAUUCUGGCUGCAGAGCCCAAGUCAGUGUCGUCUCGCAGAGCCAAACGGACGAAGAUAUCUUCGCAGUUGGAUACGAGGAUGGAAGUAUUCGUCUCUGGGAUUCACGGACCGGCACCGUUAUUAUCUCUUUCAACGGCCACAAAUCCGCCGUCACCAAGUUGGCCUUCGACAGCGCCGGCGUGCGCCUCGCAAGUGGCUCAAGGGACACCGACAUCAUCGUUUGGGAUCUGAUUACUGAAGUCGGUCUUUUCAAACUUCGUGGGCAUACCGAUCAGAUCACAUCGCUGCACUUCCUUUUCCCUUCUCAAGAACUGCUCACUGCGUCUGGAUUGAGUGAGCACGCAGGAUUCCUUUUGACCACCGGAAAGGAUGCGUUGAUCAAGGUUUGGGACCUCGCGUCGCAGCACUGCAUUGAAACACAUGUGGCACAAUCAAACGGCGAGUGCUGGGGCUUGGGCCUUUCGCCCGACCAGGGUGGAUGUAUCACAGCCGGCAAUGAUGGCGAACUCAGAGUGUGGUCGAUUGACGAGGCCGCUAUGAUGGUUAUCUCCAGAGAGAAGGUCAGCGCGGACGGUCGCAGAAUCUUAACCGACCGAGGAACCUUCUAUCGUCAUGGCAAGGACCGCACAAUUGGCAUCCGAUUCCACCCCCGUUCAGACUAUGUUGGAUUCCACGGCUCCGACAAGUCGGUUGAGGUCUGGCGUAUUCGCUCGCAGUCCGAGGUACAAAAGAGCAUGGCACGGAAGAACAAGAGAAGAAAGGAGAAGGCUGCGCAGAAGGCUGAGGAUGACGCGCCAAAGGAGGACGAGAAGCCCGAAGAUGCUGCCGCCGCCCCCGUAUCGGAAGUCUUUGUUCAGCAUGUCAUCGUUCGAACUGGCGGAAAGGUCCGUUCUUUUGAUUGGAUGACCAACAAAUCAAGUGGCUUGAACCUCCUGGCCGCAACCACAAACAACCAGCUUGAGGCCUACACAGUUGUGCCGGCGAACAAAAAGAACACUGACAGUGAGGACUCCGAUUAUACCCGCAGCCUGGCAGUAGAUAUCCCUGGUCACCGAACAGAUAUUCGGUCGAUUGCGUUGAGCUCUGACGACCGAAUGCUUGCCUCUGCCUCAAACGGUACUCUUAAGAUUUGGAACGUACUCACAGAAAGCUGUCUUCGAACACUCGAGUGUGGCUAUUCUCUGUGUUCCGCGUUCCUUCCUGGUGACAAGAUUGUGGUGGUCGGUAAUAAGAACGGAGAACUCGAGGUGUUUGAUAUUGCGUCCUCCACAUUGUUGGAUACCAUCAAAGCCCACGACGGCCCUGUGUGGUCAUUGCACGUCCACCCCGACGGAAAAUCCAUGGUCAGUGGAAGCGCAGACAAGACUGCCAAGUUCUGGAACUUCCAGGUCGUUCAGGAAGAGAUUCCUGGAACUAAGCGCACCACCCCUCGUCUCAAGCUGGCCCACACAAGGACCCUCAAGGUCAACGACGAUAUUCUCAACCUUCGUUUCUCUCCAGAUGCACGACUUUUGGCAGUUUCCCUCCUUGAUAACACUGUCAAGGUCUUCUUCGUUGACUCGCUGAAGCUGUUCCUCAACCUCUACGGACACAAGCUUCCAGUCCUGAGCAUGGAUAUCUCCCACGACAGCAAACUCAUUGUUACUUGCUCUGCCGACAAGACGGUUCGUCUCUGGGGUCUGGACUUUGGUGAUUGCCACAAGGCAUUCUUGGCGCAUGAGGACAGCAUCAUGGCAGUAGCAUUCGUUCCCCACAACAAGGAUGGAAACGGUCACAACUUCUUCAGUGCCAGCAAGGACCGCAUUAUCAAGUACUGGGAUGGUGAUAAGUUCGAGCAAAUCCAGCGUCUGGUCGGCCAUCACGGCGAGAUCUGGGCGCUUGCCAUGAGUCGCUCCGGCGAUUUCAUUGUCAGUGCCAGCCACGACAAAAGCAUUCGCAUCUGGCAGCAAACAGACGAGCCGCUCUUCCUCGAGGAAGAACGUGAGAAGGAACAGGAAGAGGCAUACGACAGCACACUCACUGCAUCCCUGGAGCAGGAGGAAGACGGUGAAGACGGCGAGAAGGCCGAGGCCGUCGACGCUGGAAAGCAGACGACUGGCACUCUCAUGGCGGGAGAAAAGAUCAUUGAAGCGCUUGAGCUCGGUCUCGAGGACCUCGAAGUCGUGCGCGACUGGCGCAAGGUCAAGGCCGCCAAUCCCAACGCCGCCGCCCCCGAUCGCAACCCUGUCUAUCUGGCUCUCAACAACGUCUCCGCCGAACAACACGUUCUGAACACCGUCCAGAAAAUCCCCGCAGCUGCCCUCCAGGAUGCACUCCUUGUCUUGCCAUUCUCUAAGCUCUCGGCCCUCUUCACAUUCCUCAACAUCUGGGCCGAUCGCGAAUGGAACGUGCCGCUGACCUGCCGCAUUUUGUUCUUCAUUCUGAAGACUCACCACCGCCAGAUCGUGGCCAGUAAGAUGAUGCGCCCCAUGCUCGACAGUAUCCGGGUAUCGCUGCGUCGCGUCCUCGCUCGCCAAAAGGAUGAGAUGGGCUUCAACUUGUCUGCUUUGCAGUUCAUUGGUGACCAGAUCCGGGAGCACGGCACUACGGAUUACGUUGAUGAGGAGACCUGGGAGGAACAGCAGACGUCCAAGGGUACGGGCAAGAAGCGCCAGUUCGUCAGCGUCGCCUGA